AAGAAGAAAAGGGGGGAAAAAAAAAGUAUCAAACGAAUAUGAAAUUGGUAUUGGAGAGCUCUGGUUUACAAGUGAAGCCUACGAUCGAGGACGAUCCUAUCGCUUAUCAUGAUCAUCUUGAAAAUGAGCUUGUUGCCAACAGUGCAGGUUCCCUCAGCCUAAUGGAGCUCUGUUCAAUUAAACUUGAAAGUGAAACACUGACCCAGAUUCCACGGGAACAUGAAGCUCCGCAACCAGUGAACAACACUGAGAAUGGGAGGGAAUUCAACUCCUUAAAUCUGCUGAAUACUCCGAAUAACAAUAAACAAAAUGAAGAAAGAAACAUAAAAAGGAAGUGCAUCUCAAAUUAUUAUGUGUUGAUGACAGCCUCGACCUUAGUUGCAGCUUCUACGUAUACACGUAUUUUCAAUUUGAGCCACUCUGAUUCUGAAUCUACUGAAUAUUUCAGCGUUCGAGAUAUAAUAUUGUGUCCUGACCGACUGCCCAAUUCUUUCUACAGCAUCAUGUUCAUGACAGUCGCAUUUACUUUGAGUAUGGUUGGGCUUGUGAUAUCAUUCCGUUCCCGGGUAUUUCUGUUGCUAUGCUUGUCUGCAUUCUUUUUCAGUUAUACUUUCAUAAUGAAAGAUAAUCUGCCCAAAUUCUGGGUGACUUUUGAAUCCUUCAACUUCAAGAUUUCAAGCUUCUGGUUGGUCUGGCUGUACGGCCUUUCUUUAAUUCUCCCACUAGUUACAUUCUGGCUUGUGGUCAAGUUAGGGAUUAUUUGA